AUCACCAGCAUCAUCUUCCCUCGUCCUCCUCCUGCUGCGUCAUGAAGUGUGUUGUGGCGGCGUUAGUGGUAGUGGUGGUGGCGGCGGCGGCGACGCUGGGGGAGGCGCGCCCCGACACUGUGUUCAAUUACGAGGGCGAGGACCACAAGCACUACCAGAAGGGCGACACCGGCAGGAAGGUGGAGGGCUACUACAGCUGGAUCUCGCCUGAGGGACAGGAGUUCUAUGUGAAGUACGUGGCGGACGAAUUGGGCUACCGCGUGUUAGAGUCCAACGCCCUGCCCGUCAGCUCCUGGGGCGCCACGCCGGACGGACACCAGGGCAACCUCGACGGUGAUGUCCACGCCGCCGACGCCGCCCACUGACCUCCCCACACAGUCUCCCACACCUAUUGACCUCCCCGUGUCCUCUGCUCGCCCACUAACCCUCCUGUGCCGCCCACCCACCCACUGACCGCCCGCACUGCCCUCCCAUCCGCCCAUCAGCGACCACUUGAGGCCUGGUGGACGCGGCUUCUCGCGCCCACAGAGGCCACACUGGUCCUGGCGGCUCUUCACGGUACACUGCGCUUCAUGGAAUAAACACUUAGCAGCAC